AUGGCUGCUGAGUAUAUCUGUGAGGGGUCUGGGGUCGGGAUCAGUGGGGAUCCGGUCUUCUUCAGCAAACACGUCAAUGUGUCUUUGGAAGUCCCUGACUCCGAUGAACUCAUCCAGCGUCUUUUUGAGAUGUACGACGUGCAGAAGGAGCUGAACCGCUGUCAGGAAGAUAGAGACAGACUCUCAAACACAUCGUCAGCAACAACUGCACAGGCAACUACAACUGCACAGACAACUACAACUGCACAGACAACUACAACUGCACAGGCAACUACAACUGCACAGACAACUACCACUGCACAGACAACUACAAGUCUACAGACAAUCCCAACUGCACAAACAACUAAAUCUCGAGAAACAACCAAAACUGCUCAGACAAUCACAACUGCACAGACCACCCCAAAGGCUCAGACCAACAGUACUGCACAGACAACCACACUGGAUCCAACAACUUCACAAACAACGACAAAUCCCCUCACAACACCAAAAUCAAUGUUCCCAAGAAGCUGCGAAGAGGCCAGUCUGCCAGUUGGUCAAAAUGUAAUCAUCGUGCAGCCAGACGACGGACUAGGAACAGUUGCGGUUUUAUGUGAAGUGAUCAGCUCGCAAGAGGUCUGGACAGUGUUCCAGAAACGUUUUGAUGGGAGUAUCAGCUUCUAUCGCGGUUUUACUGAAUACAGAAAUGGUUUUGGCAAUGCUUACGGCGAGUUCUGGCUGGGUCUGGAGAAUUUGCGUCGUCUGCUGCUUCAGAAUAACGAUGACAACCAGCUGCAAGUGAACCUCCAAGAAUACUCCACCCCUACAACCUACACGAAAACUUAUCCGCUGUUCUCGAUUGGACCUGGGGAUAGUUAUAUCCUGAACAUCAGUGGCGGAGCUGAUGAUGGCGGCUUGGGGUUAUCGCCGUGUGUCGGGCAAGGUUUCUCCACCUAUGAUCAUGGCUAUUCGUCAGUUGCCGACAUAAACAAUAAAGCGGCGGGCUGGUGGUUUCCCCUGACAGGGGGUUUCGUCAACAUUAACGGUAUCUGGGGGUCCAGUGAUCGAAGCCACGCUAUGAACUGGUACGAGUUCCGACAUAGUUGGGCAUACCCUAUGGGGAAAACGAAAAUGAAGUUUCGAAGAAAUCACUGA